GAGGUGUUGCCCAACCCGUGUGAUCAACCUUAGGCAAAGGAUAGGCUAUAUGAUCCGAAGAAUCUGAGGAUUUUAUAAUGCAGUCAUAGAAACCCGUCUCAUGUAGUACUGUGAUAUUGGACAUAAAUGAAGUCUCCAUUCUAUUAAAGAGGACAUAAUUCCGAGGACUUGUUUAUCUACCGAGGGUUGAUGGAUCGAAUAAGCGAACAAGAGGGAAUUCUGCACUGACGGGAUUUUUGGGAGUUGGUUAAAACAGUCCGAUUGAGCUCACGUGUAAACAGUGGAAACAUUUUCCAGUAGCCCAUUGUUCAAAAGUGUAUUUGUUCCUUAUCUUUUAGUUGGACUUCAUCUGAAAGUUUUUUCUCCUGUUUUGUUUUUUAUUAAAAAAAAAAUGUUCACCCGAAUGAGACAAAACGACAAAUUCUCUGUAUUUUUGUACGAUGCAGCCUAUGCCAGUUUAUGCAGCCUUCAACUUUUUUAAUACAUAAAACCCAUUGUAACUGCUCGUUUUAUAUUAAUAAGAGACGUUAAAGUUUUUGGGCAUAGGUUGUGCGGUCAUAGCAACAUUUUUUUGGACGGGACGCUUUCCUCAGACCGUUUCGUUCGUUCAGUGCGAUGCCGCACUGUAUCAGAAUGGAGUUUUCUUCGUAACGGACGACGUACUCUUGCUUCUAAGACGUAUUGGCUCAUCACAGAUAUGCAGCUUGUCCGUGUCGUGUGGGCACUUGCGGGAGCGGCAACUGGCCUCUGUCUUGUGGUUUUCUUUCAAGCACACUAUCUAAGAGAAGGUCAGUUAGUGGCUGGCACAUGUGAAAUCGUCACCCUAGACCGGGACAGCAGUCAGCCAAGGAGGACCGUCGCCCGGCAGACAGCCAGGUGUGCCUGCAGGAAGGGCCAGAUUGCUGGCACCACUAGAGCCACCCCGGCAUGCGUAGACGCUCACAUUGUGAGGAGCAGACAGUGGUGUGAGAUGAUGCCCUGUCUGGAUGAUGAGGGCUGUGGCUUAUUAAUAAACAGAUCAGGCUGGAGGUGUGCACAGCCUGGAGGCAGAGUGAAAACCACCACAGUGUCCUGACAUCAGCUGGAGUCGAUGCGAGAAGAGUGGCCGGAUGUAGAAGCUGCUCUUCAUUCUUCGUGGCCACGGCAAUCAGGCCAACCUGCCGGUCUGCCCUUCUGUCCAUCGGUGUGAUUGAAGGUGAAUGGGGGAGACUAAAGACCUGUGCCUGGUGCUUUUGUUGAUGAUGAGAUGGAUCCCACAACAGCACUAAUCAUGGCAGAUGCACACUUUCUCAACUAUUAAAAAUGACAAUCCUGGAUACUCAGACACACACUGCUGGAUUUGUUGGUGGAAGAGCAGCUUGAUGGAGUUUGCAGAACCUUUUUGCACUCCAGUGAUUUGUUUUUUUAAAGACCAAAGAGAAAUUGAAUGGACAAUACAUUUCUAUGUAGAAGAAUUCUGGGAUAUAAUCUAUUAAGGACAAAUUUAAAUGCACAGUUAUAGAAAACAAAAACACAUUUACACAAAUUUACAUUUGAAAGUGUUUGCUGCGGCACUGCACAGAGAGGAAUACGGACGUUUGUGAAAGCCUUGAAUUCUCUGGAGUUUUCUUGGGUUCUUUUUUGGUCUCUCUGCUGUAUUAUGAACCUAAACAGCUAUUUUUGGAAGGUGCAACAAGCAUGGUUGAUGAUAGAUCAAGAGGAACUUUAACAAAAGACCAAUAAAUGUAUUUUCAAAGGCACAAAAUGUAUUUCAUUUUUUUGUUGAUUAUUUUUAAAGAAACAUAUUUACCACCAAUAAUGUAGUUCAAUGUCCUUUCCUAUCUAAAUUGUUCUCCACAGAGAUCUGCUUACUCUAAAAAUCCCAGACAAAUGAUGUGCCAACUUAUUAUUUAAAUACUGUAUUUAACAUAUAAAGAUAAAUCUU